CCGCAUCACUCAAUGAAAUACAAUUAUUGAUUGCUCUCUCUCCUAGCUCCGCUGUACCUCCACUAUCUCUUCUCCCUCUGCCUCCUCUCUCUCGUCUAUUUCCUGAAGUACUGCAGAGAAAGCAAACCGGCAGACUGCAACUACCUCUGUUUUACAGUGGGAUAUUCGGACAUUUAGAUUCAUAGGACACAAGCAAUUCGCCUGGUGCAAUGGCCAACAACCCGCGACACCCACUUUUCAUUUGUCCUUUAACCACGCUUGACCAAUGAACACUGUAGCCAGUUUGGGGAACUUCCUGUGGUGACCGCGGGCUCCGGGGGUUUUCCUGUUGCUUCUUCAGAGCCACUGCUCUGCUCUCCUCAAAUCUGUCUGCGUAUUACAGCCAUCCCACUGCUCUAAUCCCCCUGAACCUCCGUCCGAGCUAACAUGGACGACAGCUACGACAACAGAACUUCCUUGGUGAAGGGGGCCAAGGACAUCGCCAAAGAGGCCAAACGGCAUGCAUUGAAAAAGGUCAACAAGGUUGUGGACAGUGCCACAGACGAGUACUCCCAGCGCAAAUACAACCGUUUCCAGAACGAGUUGGACGAGGGGGACGACUUUUUCCAUAACCCCGACAGGCAGGACGGAGGCUACAACGACAACGACCAGGCCAGUGAUGCCAGCGAUGCCACGGAGGGCCAUGAUGACGAGGAUGAGAUCUAUGAGGGGGAGUACCAGGGCAUCCCGGCCGCAGGAGACGGGCGGGCCAGGGAGGGGCACGUGGCUCUGGGGCAGCCUGUCACAGACAGCCUGAGGGAGCGUAAGGAGCUGGAGCAGGAGAGGCAGGCGGACGAGGAGGAGCUGGCCCAGCAGUAUGAGCUGAUCAUCCAGGAGUGUGGCCACGGCAGGUUCCAGUGGCAGCUGUUCCUGGUGCUGGGCCUGGCCCUGAUGUCGGACGGCGUGGAGGUGUUCGUGGUGGGCUUUGUUCUACCCAGCGCCGAGACAGACAUGUGUGCUCUGGGUGGCUCCAGCUCCAGAUCUGGGUGGCUAGGCAGUAUUGUGUACCUGGGGAUGAUGGUUGGGGCUUUUUUCUGGGGAGGCAUGUCGGACAAGGUGGGCCGCAGACAGUGUCUCCUCAUCUGUAUGUGUGUGAACGGCUUCUUCGCCUUCCUGUCCUCCUUUGUCCAGGGCUACGGCAUCUUCCUGCUCUGCCGCGUGAUUGCAGGCUUUGGGACAGGGGGAGUCGUGCCCAUAGUCUUCUCCUACUUUGCGGAGGUUCUGUCCAGAGAGAAGAGGGGGGAGCACCUGAGCUGGCUCUGCAUGUUUUGGAUGAUUGGCGAGAUCUAUGCUUCAGCCAUGGCCUGGGCCAUAAUACCACACUAUGGCUGGAGUUUCAGUAUGGGUUCUGCCUACCAGUUCCACAGUUGGAGGGUGUUUGUGGUGGUCUGUGCCCUGCCAUGCGUCUGUGCUGUCGUGGCUCUCACAUUCAUGCCAGAGAGCCCCAGAUUUUACCUGGAGGUGGGGAAGCACGACGAAGCUUGGAUGAUCCUCAAACAGAUCCAUGACACCAAUAUGCGAGCUCGUGGGCAGCCAGAGAAAGUCUUCACUGUGAACAGAAUCAAGAUCCCCAAGCAUCUGGAUGAGCUGGUGGAGAUGAAGUCAGAGUCAGGGAACCCAGUCUCUAAGGCCCUCUUCAGGAUGCGGACAGAGCUGCGUGGGAUCUGGGUCAACUUUAUGAAGUGUUUCGACUACCCAUUGAAAGAUAACACCAUCAGGCUGGCUGUUGUCUGGUUUACAUUGUCAUUUGGGUACUAUGGCCUCUCUGUGUGGUUCCCUGAUGUCAUUAAGCACCUCCAGGCAGAUGACUACGCCUCCAAGGUGAAGACCCACAGCAACGAACUAAUUGAGGACUUCACCUUUAACUUCACCCUAGAGAAUCAGAUACACACAAACGGGGUCUUUAUCAAUGACAGAUUUAUUAGUAUGAAGUUGAAAUCAGUCACCUUCAUUAACUCCACCUUCACAAACUGCUAUUUUGAUGAUGUGACAUCAGUGGGAUCCUACUUCAGGAACUGUUCCUUCAUUGAGGCAUUUUUUUACAACACUGACAUUGAUGACUCAAAACUGAUAGACGGCACGGAGUUGAUCAACUGUGUGUUCCACCACAACAAAACGGGCUGUCAGAUGACGUUUGACGAUGACUACAGUGCCUACUGGGUCUACUUCAUCAACUUCCUGGGAACUCUGGCUGUUCUGCCUGGCAACAUUGUCUCAGCACUUCUCAUGGAUAAAAUUGGGCGCCUGUCCAUGCUAGGUGGCUCCAUGGUUCUGUCAGGGAUCAGUUGUUUCUUCUUGUGGUUUGGCACCAGUGAAUCGAUGAUGAUCUUCAUGCUGUGCCUUUACAAUGGCCUGAGUAUAUCAGCCUGGAACUCACUGGACGUGGUCACUACAGAGUCCUUCCCUACAGAUAGGAGAGGGACAGGCUUUGGGUUCUGUAACGCUCUUUGUAAGCUGGCAGCAGUGCUGGGGAACCUGAUCUUCGGUUCUCUGGUUGGCAUUACCAAGGCCAUUCCCAUCCUCCUGGCAUCAUCAGUGCUGGUUUGUGGAGGUCUGGUGGGUCUCCGGCUGCCUGAUACCCGGGCCAACGUCCUCAUGUAGGCAAAAGAAGGACCAACAGGCCUAGGGACCACCUGGGCCAAACCUGGUGCAAAGGGUUUUCUUGAAACGAGCUAUGUAUGUUUGAGAUUUUAUUUGUUUAUUGCCCAUAGUGGUCUCAUAGGGGAUUCAACUGCAUAGGCCAACCCCUCCCACCACCCUGUAUCGCUGUCAAACAAUAUACUUUCACUGUAAUCUAUUCAUGUACUGAACCCAACCUCCAGAACCAAAUGGAUAAGUCCCUUGAGUCAAAAGGAAACUCCUGUUUAUUAGUGAAUGUAAUAUUUAGGGGUAUUACAAUGCCCCUUCCAGGAGUGUUGCACCUGUAAACGUCUCUGAUGGAAAUCCAUGACCCAACAAAGUGAAAAAUCCUGUCAUACUCUCUAUUAACCCUAAUUGCUUUCUUUGCUUUAAAUAUAAAAUAUUUUUAGCAUACUUCCUGGUAAAAAAAAAAAAACACAUCACUUAAUAUUUCAAUUUUUUAUGUUAAUAGUAACGUUUAGAGGAAUUGAAGGUCCUUUGUUUAAUGAAUCCUGUAGUCGUCUCAGUAAUUGAUGGAAGUGAAGUGGUUUAUGUGUGAGGAGAUACAAGUGUUAAUGGCUACCUGCUAUGAGGUGGCUGGUGAGAUCAUUACUGGCUGUGUGCUAUGCACUGUGAGUUGCAGUGUAAAUCCCUGCACUGCGGGUUACAUUGUACUGUAUGAGCAGUAGCCUACAGGUAUGUUUGGCUAGAGUCAUUGCAGGGCAGGGUUAGUGCUGUAUGAAUGUGUUAUUAGGCCAUGACAGAUGGAGCAGAGUGGGAAAAACAAGCUGUAAUGAGUGUAAACAGCCUGCUGUGGGUGGGAAAGGGGAAUAUAUGAUCAGAAAGACUGGAUAGAGCUCACAGCUGCAUCACAGCUGGCCUAGACUGACACACACACAGACAGGCAGACAGCCAGACAUACAGACAGCCAGGCAGGCAGCCAUGCAGGCAGCCAGACAGGCUGAUAGAGAAAAAGGAUCAUCUCUGGACCACCAUGAAUCUUUGUCGGGCUUUUCAUGUGAUUUUUCACUUGUCAUGUCUGCUGUAUACACGCACACACCCCGAACUGUCAACGAAGAGGACUCAUGGUGAAAGUCUUAACCGGUAGGAGCUCAGAGAUGCAAUCUGAAACACCAGUAACAUGUUUUUUGUCCGUUUGCUUAUUAGUUUACACUGACACGUACAUAAAGAUAUUUGUUUUUCACUGUGUUCUGCCGCAAAUGACUACAUUCAUAUGUAGACCCUCACUGUCUAAGCCCUUUGCACCAGCACUCUACUAAGAAUCAAAAGGCCAUAUUAAAUAACUGGUUGUGUACAUACUAAAUGUAUCUAUCAAUAUGUUAACAUUUAUGUUAUUUGCCGGUAUGUAUCUGCAGCUGUUCUUAAAAUAGAACAUUUAAUAAUCAGAUUUUUGUAUCAACUCAUUUGCCACUUGUCCUAUUUGUUGUAUUCAAAUGUAUGCAGGCUCUCAGACAAGGGCUUUGUUUGUUUAGCCUUUUCAUUUAAUGUUUCUUUUUGCUGUAGCUUUGCUGUUGCUCUGAAUUUAUAUUGAUUUAUAUUUUGUCAUGCUGCUUCAUUUUCAAGAAACUGAAUGGCCUUUUUUAAUGUGCCUCUUCACCAGAGUGUUCUCCUCAUAGUUAACUGGAGAGUGAAGGGCACAGGAGGUAAUCAGGAAAUGAACUAAUGUUUCUUCUCACUACCUUAAACAUUUUCAAGUGUUUUAUUUCAUUGUUGUUACAGUCACAGAUACGUGUAAACAUCCAUCCUAUCCAUAAAAAAAUGCCUUCGCCUCUAAGGAUAAAGUUAAAAGAUAAUAUUCUCUUAAAAUUGGAUUGGGAGAGAUAAAAUGUUAUUUAGAGCAAUAAUAUAAUUAAUUACUGCUUGCAUAACAGGGAGUGAAACUGCUUUAAGCAAUAUUUUAAAAGUUUUACAUUUUGAGUAAACUAUUCCAGUAAUAAAAAAACACUGUAGUCAUCAUUUGGAUGACAUUUUAGAAAAAACAUUUUCAAUAGGGUUUUUGUGAAACAGCCUGCACACAUAAUUCAAUAAACAGCACUAUUAUUAACCUUCACUGUAUACUCCGUAAUGCAACAGUAAAAAAAAAAUAUCUGACUGCUGGUCAUGGUCAACAAAUAAAUGCUACCUGUAUUUUCAAUGUAUUUUUUGCAGAAGAUGAGAAAAGUGUUGUGCCAAACAAAAGGUGGUAAACUGGGUUUACAUGCGUUUGCCCUCCGCUACACCAGUGUGUAAGGGAAUUUCAUUUGUGCUGUAUAAUGCAUAAUGUUUCGAUCUCUAAAAUGUUGCUCAUAGUUAACAAAUGCGUCUGAUGUUUACAAGCAAUCCUGCAGAUAUCUGUGUUUGUUACUAUAAGCAGUAUGAGCUCCAGACACAAAUUACAGGUCUAAAAUUUCACAUGGUUCUCUGGUAUUUUAUGUGGUGUGCUGCCGAUGUAGCUGUCCUGUUCUUGUGGGUGUCGUUGCUGUGAGUACUGUAGGGUUAUAGUAGUCCACUUUAUUAAAACUGCCGUCCGCUUGCCCCUCCAUAUCUAAAGAAAAAGAAAGGCUUCCGAUAAUGGCUAUAAAUGUAGGUUUGUGUGGUGUGUGUGUCUAUUGUGUGUGUGGUGGUUUACACUGUCUUGGAUACAAUACAUUAUUUUUGCUGAUUGUUUGAUUCCUCAUGUGCACUACAAACAGACACUUUGAUUUCAGAAAUGUUUAAGCGAUGACAUUAACAGAAUUUUAGUAUUUAUAAAACAGCAGCGGCAUUCUAUUCGGGCAAAUGACAAACAAAGAGCUAACUGACAGACUGUAGUUACCACCUCAGCAAUGCUGUACAUACAGUAUGAUAGCAGUUGUUGUAAACUAUUUCUUCUGGCGGCUUUGCCUAUGGUAUAUUUUAAAGGAUAAAUAAGUCUCUUUUGUUUUUCUUUGUAAGGAUGUGUGUGUGUGUGCGUAUAUGUGUAAAUAACUGUACAUAUCAAUGCUGUAGUUGGUGAACUUCUGAGUUAAAUCUGUAUGCUUUUUGAUUGACUGAUAUGUCUUCAGCUUUGUUGAAGUGAUUAUCUGUCCCAGUUCUAAAUCUGUACAGUAUGUUCUCAGCUUCAAGCCCUCUGCUACUGUGUGCAAACUUGCAUGUGGGUAUAAAACUUCUUAUGUGCUCAACUUUGUAUUCUUACUUUAUUCUUCUGCCAGAAGAACAGAAUAUUUUGAUUUUAAGAAAAAAGUGAAUGUAUCACUCUUGUCAGUUUUUGUUUGGCCAUUUUGUUAAAGUGAACAUGGGUGUGGGUUCGGGUUCAGAAAGUUGUGUAUAUUCUUGUCAAUAGUGGGAUGACUGUAUGUACAGAGGUGGAAAACAUGAAGCUGUGUAGCGGAACAUUUGCCAAACGAUGCCCUGUGAAUAUUGUUUUAAUUAAAGAGGAAUGGACGAAAUUGCAGACUGUGCUGCUUAAGAGUGUCAAUAAUAUGAAAUAAAGUUUUAUGUUCUCUAGCUAAUAAUGUGUGCAUUAAACUUCUGGGGUGAGAACAUAACUUUGAAUAUA